GAAACAGUUUCCUUAAUUAAAUGAAAAAUUAAAUUAAAUUAUUUAAAAUUAUAAUUAAAUGAAGGUUGCGAUGAUGGCAAAGGGAGGGCUGGAAAUAUUUAAGAUGGAACCAAAGUUAAAAGAGAUACAUCUAGAGGAUGUUGCCUCUCGCCAUCGCCGUGAGCGCAAAGAACUUCAGGCCAAGUUGCAGGCAAUGAAGAAGAAUGCGCCCAAGAACAACAAAACUAAGCGCAAGGAGUUCCUGGAUGAGAUGUCACGCCUUGAGAAUGAGCUGGAGCAGCGUCAAAAAGUCGAGCUACAGGCAGACAACAGCAAAGACGCGUCUGAGCUGUCCAAGAAUCAACACUUUGCAGGAGUGCCGACUGCAGCAUGUCAACCAGCCAAAAGCAAGGAAGACGAAGAGAAACGACUGGAACCAGGCACGCAGCGUGUCUCUAAAGCCCAAAAGCGACGCGACAGGAAAGCACGAGAGGCCCGCGAACGCGAGGAGGAAAUCCGCGUGGAGCUCCAGAAUGCAGCCAAUGAUGGACCAUCCAUAAAAUUGGUCGAACUUCAACAGAUCACAGCAAAAUUGGCCGGUCGACAGCUGGCCCUGCACUCCAUAGCCUCUGAUGGAGACUGCUUGUACCAUGCUGUGCUCCAUCAGUUAAAUGUAAAUUCUCUGCCCGGCCACAGUGUGCAAGAGCUGCGGAAGGAAACGGCCAACUAUGUGCGCGCCCAAAAGGACACAUUCGUUAGCUAUAUGACACAUCCGGAGUCUGGAGAUCUUUUAAAUGAAGAGCAGUUCGAGCAAUACUGCAAAGACAUAGACGAGAACCAUGCAUGGGGUGGACAUAUCGAACUGAAGGCAAUGUCCUCAUUACUGAAGGUUCCAAUUGAAGUCAUCCAAGCCGAUGGAGCUCCUACAUUGCUAGGGCAAGAGGAAUUUGGCGGUGCACCCCUGGUACUAUGCUUCCAUCGUCAUAUGUACCAGUUGGGUGCCCACUAUAACUCCACAGUGCCAGUAGAAAUCUAGACAUGGAAGAGCCAGAUAAUUAUUGAAUUUGUAACACUUUAAAUAUUUUUAUUUAUAAAUAUGCGUUGGAAGUUCUGAAUUAUUGUCAAAAA